GCGUUUCCUGUACGAGGGAGGGGAUGAGCCAGGUCCGCUAGGGAGGCUGAGCCCAAGCCGGCCAAGCUACCGCGAGACGCAAAUUUGGGACCUGACGAGACUCUGAGAAUUGCAGGAGCCGUUGUUUCGCCUGGAGCCGGCCGGGCGCUGAGAGGAACCGGCCGUGGGGCCGGCUGUGGACCACAUUUACCAGAGGACCCAGCGGCCCGUCGCUCUUCUCGCAGGAACUUGAACUUUUCGUGUUGUCUGGCGGGACCGUUAGAUCCGCGGGGUGAGAGAUCGUGGGCUCCUGGGGAACUGGCUCAGCUCUGCAGGUUCAAACCUUGGGGGACCUGAAAGGCCUAAGUUGAAGAGACCAGAGGCCGACGCGAAGCUGGGUCCUUGAGCCUGUGCGGGCGGAGCGACAUGGAAAGAGGAGGUUGUGCGGCCAGUGUGCAGACAUAGGAUGCCUAUGGUUGUGGGAUUGUGACCCCGCGGCACAGGGGUACCUGCGACUCUGAGAGUGUAACUUUCUACCCUUCUCCAGGUGAGGCGCAGAAGCGAGGGAAAGAAUGCACGAUGAACUUCUGCAAGCAGUGUCCAAGGGGUCAAUGAUGUUCAAGGAUGUGUCUGUAAACUUCUCUCAGGAGGAAUGGGAAUGCCUGGACUCUGGUCAGAUGAAUUUAUACAAAGAAGUGAUGUUGGAGAAUUUCAGCAACCUGGUUUCAGUGGGACUUUCCAAUUCUAAACCAGCUGUGAUCUCCUUAUUGGAACAAGGAAAAGAGCCCUGGAUGGUUGACAGAGAGCUGACAAGAGGCCUUUGUUCAGAUCUGGAAUCCAUGUGUGAGACGAAGUUAUUAUCUCUAAAGAAGAGACACUUUAGUCAAGUAAUAUUUACCCAUGAAGACAUACCCACUUUUAUUCAGCCCAGAUUUCUUAUUCCACAUCAAAAAACUAUUAAUGAAGAGAAACCCUGUGAAUGUAAGGUAUGUGGAAAGGCCUUUAAUCAAAACUCACACUUUAUUCAACAUCAGAGAAUUCAUUCUGCUGAAAAAAACUAUGAGUGUAAGGAGUGUGGGAAAUCCUUUAGUCGUGGCUCACUUGUUACUCGGCAUCAGAGGAUUCACUCUGGUGAAAAACCCUAUGAAUGUAAAGAAUGCGGCAAGGCUUUUAGUUGCAGUUCAUAUUUUUCUCAACAUCAGAGAAUUCACACUGGGGAAAAACCGUAUGAAUGUAAGGAAUGUGGAAAAGCCUUUAAUUAUUGUUCAAACCUUAAUGAUCAUCAGAGAAUUCACACUGGUGAAAAACCCUAUGGAUGUAAAGUAUGUGGAAAAGCCUUUACUAAGAGUUCACAACUUUUUCCACAUUUGAGAAUUCAUACCGGUGAGAAACCUUAUCAAUGUAAGGAAUGUGGGAAAGCCUUUACUCAACACUCAAGGCUUAUUCAACAUUACAGAAUGCAUACUGGUGAGAAACCCUAUAAAUGUAAGGAAUGUGGGAAGGCCUUUAGCAGUGCCUCAACACUUACCAACCAUCACAGAAUUCAUGCUGGCAAGAAACUCUAUGAAUGUAAAGACUGUGGAAAGGCCUUUAUUCAGAGCUCAGAACUUAUUCAACAUCAGAGAAUCCAUACAGAUGAAAAGCCGUAUGAGUGUAAUGAAUGUGGGAAGGCUUUUAAUAAAGGCUCAAACCUUACUAGACAUCAAAGAAUUCACACUGGUGAGAAACCUUAUGAUUGUAAGGAAUGUGGGAAGGCCUUUGGUAGUCGCUCUGACCUCAUCCGCCAUGAAGGAACUCAUACUGGAUAAAUGAGAGGCCCUUUUGGUAACCUUUAUAAUAAUACUUUAAAAAAACAGGUAAUACAAAAAAUAAAUCAGAAGUCCCCCAGAUAACGCAUGAUUGAAGGUUCCCCUGUGUGAUAUUUCCUAGGGCUACUGUAACAGAGUACCAGGUACCAUGAAACUAGGUGGUUUAAAACAACAGAAACUUAUUCUCUCACAGUUUUUGAGCCUUGAAAUCCAAAAUCAAAGUUGUUGGCAAGGUUGGUUCCUUUUGGGGACUCUGAGGAAAAAUCUGUUCCAUGUCCUUCUCCUGGCUUCUCCUAACAGCUAGCAAUUUUUCACAUUCCUUGGCUUGUAGAUGCAUUGCUCCAAUCUCUGCCUCCAUCUUCAUACUGGUUUCUCCCUUUGGGACCCUGUGUCUCGUCUCUUAUAUGGAUGCAGGUCUUAUUGGAUUAGGGCUCACCCCAAGGACCUCAUCCUAACUUGAUUACAUCUGCAAAUACCUUAUUUCCAUAUGAGAUCAUACUCAUAGAUACCAGGGGUUAGGACUUCAACAUAGUUCAACCCAUUGUACUCUUAACUAUUUUUUCUAAUGUAUUUGUAAUUUUAUACAUAAGAUUUAUCAAAUAUAUUUAAAAUGUGAAUUCAAGGUCUAAAUUAACGCCCCCUCCCCCACCAAAGAAAGAUUUCAUUCCAAAACUACUUAUUCAAUAAUUCCUUCCCAGUUGUUCUCCAUUUUGGUUAUAUAUUUAUGUUUGUACUGCCUUAUGUUUUAGGGCCAUCUUUUCUAGUUCUGUGGCUUACAGAGUACUACACUGUAAAUUGUGUUACAUAGGCUAUCUUUGACUUUGUGGUGGAAUUAAAACUUUGUUUUUCUGAAGGCAGCUCUAUUCUUUUUCCCUUUUGCAAAACUGAUAUUUUCUUACUGUAAAAAAAAAUUAGAGGACACAAAGGGAAAAAUAAAGAUUAUUUAUAAGCCUACCAAACAGAGAUGACUACUUUCAUUACAGCAUAUCCUAGGCUUUAUUGAGUGUGAUCAUGACGUGCAUGCUGUGCCAUGACCUGCUUUUAUCAUGCCACUGUUUCAGUAAGUAUAGAUGUUUAUGUAUCAUCUUUUUAAUGGUGUCCUAGUAAUCUCUUCUGUAGUUGACUAUCACUUUGCUAAAUAACUACUGACAAACAUUUUGGUGCCUGUUUAAACUUUGCAGUUUAUGAAAGUUCCCUUCUAAAUGCAACUUCAGUAUUUUUUUCAUUUGAAAUUUAAAAACAUUAAAUUUCAGUGCUGAAAUAACUGAUGAAUAUAGUCCCCCUGUAAAAUAUUCCCAAUAACUCCAGUUCCCUCAUUGUAAUCACUGUUACCAAUUUGUUUUUAUCCUCCCAGACCUUUUUAAAACAAUCUUUUUACAUGCAUAUGCACACACAACCAAAUAUGUAAGUAUUUGUAGGAAAAGUUAGUGCUGUUUUAUAUAUAUUUUUUGUAUAAAUGUAUCCUAAUGAUGUGUGUGUUGGGUUGCUGUAAGGAUAAACUAGUUAAUAAGUGUAAAAUGGUUGGGGCUUUUAUAACAUAUAGUAACUAUCUAGCUGAUAGUUAUCCAACAUUAGCAUUAAUAUCUUCAUUGUUAUUAUUGUGAAAAGGACUUAUACACCUUAAUUGACAUCAAAGAAUUUAUAAUGAAAAAGAUCAGUGGGUGUAAUGUUUGUAAAAAUCAGCUCACCAACACUUACUCCUUUUUCAGCAUGAAGUUACAAAAAAAAAAAAAACCCUAAGAAAACUCAAGGACAGAGAAUGGGUGAAUAAGCCUACAUUCACACCUCAUAUUUCACACUACACAAUAACUUCAUACCCAUCAAAAUCCUAUUUAUAUAUCAAGAUUAGUUGAAAACACUAUUUGUCAAAAAAGAGAAAGACAUGAAAUGUUAACUCAAUAAUCACUUGCCCCUCAAAGUAGAACAUAUGUAGGUCAUAUCCUUUUCCAGAAUGGGAAAAAAAUUAAAAUAUGAUAGCCAACAAAUAUCUGAAUAUUGAUAAUACCCCCUCCAAAUAUUGUGAGUUCACAGGGAACUAUAUUCAAUAUCUUAUAAUAGCCUUUAAUGAAAAAUGUGAAAAUGAAUAUAUAUAUAUGUGUAUGUAUGACUGGGACAUUAUGCUGUACACCAGAAACUGACACGUUGUAACUGACUAUAUACUUCAAUUUAAAAAAACACAAAUAUUGUGAGUUAAGUAGGAUAUCAAUCCCCAAAUUAUGUUUAUAUGAGCAUGAGCACAUUAUGCAGAAAAACAUUGAGGGUUGGCAGGCAGCCAGAUCUGCCUUUAGAUAAAAAACGUAUAGCCUGAUAGGCAUAGUGAUAUUAAAACACUAAGACAUGAUUAAUAAAUGAAUUAAAUGUACAAGACAAAAAGCUAGAAGAAUAACUGUAAACUAAAUCCAAAUAUAGAAGAAAAGUUAUCAGUAGAAAUAAAAGGCAAAAAUACUUCAAGGAAAAAGUAAAAUUAUUUCUUUGACAGAAAAAAAUACAUAUAGAUACAAGCAUUGGUAAUUCUGAUGGAAAAAAAGAAGACAGAUGAAUUAUAUAUGAGAUAAGUAUGUUUAGAGAGAUUAACAUAUUUACCAAUAUCUAGAAAUCUUGUGAAGUACAUAAUAGUUGUAGGAAAAUGUAAUUCAUCAGAAUUACUCCAAAAGAUGUAGACCCAUAAUAUAACAAAAUAAUAAAUGCAGGGGAAAUGUUUUAAUGUAAUCAAAAGCUCUACCUCCCCCAAGCCAGAUGAUUUUAUGGGCAAAAUCUAUCAAAUAAUCAGGGAACUUCCAAAUCUAAUGAGAUAAAAGCUUGCCAUCUGGUUCUAUGAAUUUUUCAUAAUCCUGAUGUCAAAAUAACUAGAUCACAAAAAUAUAAAAAUUGACUGUUAUAUAUUAUCUAAACUCUAUAAAGACUGAAAUUUGCUUGACCAAGCCCCAACAUCUUAUAUGCUUCCGUGAGCUUUAGUUUUCUUAGCAUUAUUAGAGUUAGAUUUUUAACAUAUUAUUAUAACACACAUUCAUCAUUUUACAUAUGUCAACAUACAUACAACUUGAUCUAAAAAAUAUGAGUCAUUAAAUUUGACCCAAGUGCUGUGAAGUCACUGCUGUCAUCACUACCAUUCUGUCCACACUCCAAAUAUUGAGCAGUCCAGAAAACACUGGCCAAUCACCUAUAGUUUAAUGGAUCCCACCAUGCCAUGCACUUCUGAAAAAUAUUUUGUUAAAAGCAAAACAAUAUAUUACAUUAUGUAGUAAAAUUGAUGUGAAUAUGAGUGACUUGUAGUUACCUCCAAAUACCAUGUCUCCAUCUUAGCGAAAGCUUUAUAACCCCACAUAUUACAAUGCACCACAACAGCAGCAGUUUAAAAAAAAAAAGACAAAAAAAAAAAAAAAAAAACAAAAAAAACCACCUCCCCCUUAACUCGUUUAUCCGAGCAUGAGCCAACUAAUUUGAACGUGAAAUCCUAUUUGCUCCUAAUUGCUGUUAACAUCUUUGGGAAGUGUAUAUAUUUGGGAAUCAUUUGGCACUUUUGGUUCUUUUUUUUAAUAAAAUCAUGACUCAAAGGGUGAAAUUAAAUCAUUACAGGUAAGCUAGGAAUUUGGAAAUGGAGCAUUUUCCACUUCCCUGAUGUCAGACACUACAGGAUGCUAGACAUAACUGUAAGCCAUCAAAAAUAUUAAGAUCCCUGAUAAAGAUAAAUACAUGGAUAAGUAUAAAACCUGUAUUAAUGUAAUUUUGAUUUGCAAAAUUUGUGGGUUUUUUUUUACAAGAUCUAAAAGACAAACACAUAAAAAUAAUUAUAAACCUAGGUUAAAGUAUACAUAAUAUAUAAAGACUCAACUUGUGAUAUUAAUAAAGAAAAGGAGCCAACUGUAAAGGAAUAGAGCUUUAGUAUGGAAUUGAAGGUGGUAUCAAUUUAAAAUAAAUUGUAACUUUAGGAUCUUCCUGGUAACCACAAAGAAAAUAUCUAUAGAAUGCACACAAAAGGGAAUCAAAAUGUGUUAGAUUAAAAAAAAAAAAAUCAACUAGAGAUACGACUUCCAGUUUCUGGUCCACAACUAGCUUGGAAGUCAUCGAUCCAUCAUAACAACAAGUGAAAAGCUGAAUAAACUAAAAGCCAGUGACUCUUUUUAGUUCUAUCAGAAUUGAGGUCACAGGGUCAACUACUGCCCACCAAACUAGAGACAGGUGGAUCCAGAGAAUCAUAGCUUAUCAGAGCACAUUAGCAGAAACCUCUGUGGGAACCAGUACAGAGGCUGGAAAACCUAAACGUUAAGGGACAAACUGCAGGAGGCUCAGUGUGGAUAAAUGUGAAAAUUAAAGACUCCAGGAGGAUCCCAGUUUUAAAGAAGCCCCCACAUUUUUAUGAGUUUUACCUCUAGGAGCCAAAUCAAGUUCUCAUAGUGAAGACUGGAGAAAAAUCCCCAUUAUGCUUCUGCCAGAGAGGGGGAAAAUAGCUAUUUUGAAAUACACCCAAAGCAUUCUGUUCUUAACAAGGCAUGCCCCAAAGAGAAAUUAUUGUACCAGAGCCUGCACCCUACUGGCUUUUAUUAGAAUCUAACCAGCCUGACGAAGAAAUGCCCAACUCUGGUCCACUGUAGCCAUCCUGUCCCACCUAAGGGAGGGAGGUGGACUGAGAAGCACUGGUGAAGUUCUCAGUCCAGUGGCAGUUUCACCAAGACCGAAGCCUAAUCAUAGGAUUAUCAAACACUCCCCCUCUCCCCACACCUUACCACCACAUCACUAAAGGUCUGUUUACCAGUGUUACUUUUACCCAGUACAUGAACUCUAGCUUUAAACAAAAGGAAAUAACAAAAAAUGAAACAAAAAAGGCAAUUAAUAGAAAACAGUAACAAAUAUAGUAGGUGUAGGUAUUAAUCCAAUUAUAUCAAUAAUCACUUUAAAUAUCAAAGAUAAAAUCAAAGAUAAAAGUAUAGUAUGCUGGGGGAAGGGUAUAUAGCUCAAGUGGUAGAGCGCGCAUGCUCAGCACCCAAGAGGUCCCGGGUUCAAUCCCUGGUACCUCCUCCAAGUGGAAAUCAAUGAAGAAACCUAAUUACCUCCCCCUCAGAAAGAAAAGUAUACCAUGCUAACACUAAUCAGAAGAAAGCUGGAAUAGCUAUAUUAGUUUUAGAGGAAACAGACUUCAGAUCAGGGAAGAUUUUCAGGGAUAAAGAGGACCACUACAUAAUGGUAAAGGUGUAAAUUUUCAAAGAAGUAAUAAUCUUUAUGUGUGCCUAAUAAUGGAUUAUCCAAAUAUGUGAGGCAGAAAGUUUUAGAGCUACAAGGAGAAGUAAAAUAUGAAGACCAAUGUAUGUAUGUAUAUGCAUGACUGAGAUAUUGUGCUGUACACCAGAAAUUGACACACUGUAAUUGACUGCUUCCAAAAAAAAUAAAUACUACAAGGAGAAAUAAAUGAAUCCACUAUUAUAAUUGGAUUCUUUCAACACAUUUUUUUAAACUUCCAUACUUCAAAAAAAAAUUGAACUAUAGUUGAUUUACAAUGUUGUGUUAGUCUCUGGUGUGAUUCAGCAUAGUGAUUCAGUUAUACACACAUAUAUACUUUUUCAUAUUUUUCAUUAGAGGUUACUAUAAGGUAUUGAAUAUAGUUCCCUGUGCUAUACAGUAGGAACUUGUUGUUUAUCUAUUUUAUAUUUAGUAGUUAGUAGCUACAAAUCCUGAACUUCCAGUUUAUCCCUCCCCAUCCCCUUUUCCCUGGUAACCAUAAGUUUGUUUUCUAUCAAUCAAUAAGGACAAAGUUGAACUCUAGCCCCAUCAAUCAACUGUAUAUAACUGACAUCUAUAGACUAUUUCAUCCAUCAAUAGUGGAAUACACAUUCUUCUCAAGUUUACAAGGAACAUUCACCAAGAUAAACAAAACAAACUUCUGUGGCCUUAACUCACACCUUAACAAAAGAACAGAAAUCAUACAAUUUAUGUUCUCACAUUAGAAUAGAAUUGAACUAGAAAUUAAUAACAGAAAGAUAGCUGGAAAACCCCAAAAUACCUGGAGAUUAAACAACACACUUCUAAUUAUUACCCAAGUCAAAGGAAUCUCAGAAAUAUUAAAAUAUCUUAAAUAAAAAUGAAAAUACAACUUAUCAAAAUGCCACCAGAGAAAUUCAGUUGUACUCCUGUAUUAUAAGUAUCAAACUAUAUAAUUGGAGGUCUUGUGCAUUUCAAGUUUGCAAGGCACCCGUGUACUUAAGAUAUAUACAGAGACCCACUGCACAGUAGCUUUGCCCCUUUAAUUGGGGUACCUUAAUCUUACAUUAUUUAGCCACCCAAUCGCAGAUUGAGAUAUUGCUCCAAGGGGCCUUAGGUAGCUGCCAGUAAGUAAUUUUAAUGGCUGUCUUGAAAUUAACAAGUGUUAUAAUGAAAUAAUCCACCUGAUGCUAAAUAAAACCUUUAGAAUGUUCCCAAAAAAGUCCUUUCUAUGAUUCUUGAAGAAAAGUAUUUUUGAAAAAUCAUCAAAGUACAAUAAUCUUUGUCUAUAAAUGACAAAAGCUUAAAAAGUCAAGGUUAAAGACUUUUUGAUUACAAAGCAGUUGAAAAGAAAUUUGGUUACUGCUGUGACAUACACUAAAAUUGUGACCAAUAUCAUUUACUAGGACAUAUUAGAAUUUUAGGAAUUCCAUGUAACUUCUAGAAUGUAUAUUAAUGACAUUUACCCAUAUGAUACAAUUGAAGUUUUAUUACCACAUAUUUGAUGAUGCUUCCCAUGUAACUUUAUAUACCAAAUAAGCCUAGUUAGUUUAAUAUUCUUCUCUCUGAGAUGAAGAGAAAACAAACAUUUUGAAGUGUUCCAGGGACACUUUGGAACACCUGAAAGUUAGCUAGAGGUCAAAUGAACCUCAUUUAGAGUUGGAUCUUUGGGAAGUUUGUCAAAAGUAUCUAAGUUUUAAAACACUUGGUCAAAUUGAAUCACCGGUUACUGUGAAAAAAUACCCAUUCACUUAAUCAAGGUGCCAAUAAAAGGUCUCAAUGGCAAAUAUAGAACACUCACAGAAAUCUAUUACCAAACACAGUAUUCAGUAUUUUAAGAAAACUCUGUUCUCCUAGAGAGAGAAAUCCAGGUUUUGUACCACUUUACAUUUAAGACUCACUUUCUUAAUUAAAUUCAAUCUUAUUUUAGUGAUACAGGAAAAAAAAUGAGGCAGGAGAGGAUGACCAUGUCCCAGGUCUCAGGUGAGUCCAGGGGACACGCCCCAUCAAGUGAGAGUCCUUGGCUUCACAAAGGAAAGAACUGAAGAGCAAGACAUAGUUGAGUAAAAGUAGAUUCAUUCAGAGAGAUGCACAGAGAGAUUCCACUGACCAAGUGUAGGCUAUCUCAGAAGGCCAGAGAGGCCGCAAGGUGUGGGGGUGGGUGUUUAGUCUAAAGUAAAAGUAGAUACGUACUCCACAGACAGAGUGUGGCUCAUCUCAGAAGGGAGAGCAACCAUGAGGUGUGGGGAUUGUUAGUUUUUUUUUUUUCUUUAAAAUUUUUUUUUUCCUUUUAUUUUGGGGGGAGACAAUUAGAUUUUUUUUUUUUAAUGCAGUUACUGGGGAUUGAACCCAGGACCUUGUGCAUGCUAAGCAUGCACUCUUCCACUGAGCUAUAACCUCCCCCCCACCAACACUGGGUUGUUAGUUUUAAUGGGCUUGGUAGCUUCAUAUGCUAACAAUUAGCAUAUGUAGCAUAUGGAUUAUCCCAACUACUUUGGGGAAGGGGUGGGGAUUGCCAGGAACUGGGCCACUGCCCACUUUUUGACCUUUUAUGGUUAGUCUCAGAAUUGUCAUGGCGCCUGGGGGGAGUGUCAUUUACCAUGCUAAUAUAUUACAAUGAGCAUAAAAUGACGCUCAAGGUCUACUGGAAGUCAAAUCUCCUGCCAUCUUGGGCCUCAAAGUCUACCAGGAGUUGACUUCUCUGUCAUCUUGGUGCUAAUUGCUGUGUCAUUCCUUUAAUGGCUGUGCCCUGCCCCCUUUCUUUCUGGCUCAUUAGCCAAUCCUGACCAUGCACAAAACUCUCUGUGUCCCCCCUCCACAAACCUGCAACUUUCUGUAUCCAUAUUCAUCUGUCCAUCAAUUUCUUCCCCAUUUAGAAACAGAAACCAGCUCUAGAACCAAAUCAUCUUUUUUUUCUUUAACAGAAUGCAUUUUCAUUGUUCAUACCUUCUUUGCUGAGAACACACAUCCUACUUUCCAUGCAUACUGAAAUGUUUCCCUUAAAAUCUUAAUCUCUAGUGAAAACCAAGGCAAGUAAUUGUGAACUGUCAUACUGGCAUUUCCUGAUUGACAAACAUGCUUUAGUCUUCCUCUCCUAAGAAGGCAAAAGUAGGUGACCUUAUACUGGCCGACAAUUAAUGUCCUGGUAUUUUAUCCCAUUGAAGUGACCUGGAUAGUGAAUAAGUUCUCAUUUUAACUUGGUUUAGUUUCAAGUUACCAAAAUCUGGAGAUAUUCUUAAAGCAGACAUUCCCAAAACACAAAAAGAAUUUACCUCUAUUUACUUAAAAGCUUUGUCAUAUCGUUUUUGUAACAAAUAAUAAGGUGUUAUUUGAUUUCUAGUAAACCUAGGUGCAAUGAAAGUAUUAUAUUUGUGGGGUCCUCAGACGUCUGGCAGAUUCCUGCUCCAAAGACCCUCUGCUCCAAGGCCCCCCAGGCACCCAACUGCUGCCCUUGAAAGAUAACAAAGAACAUUCCUUUCCUAAUACAUACCUGCCUUGGCUGAGAUAAUCACCUAUACAAUGCCCAGAAGCCUGACCACCAGAACCGGUCACAGCCUCCCACCAGAUUCACGAAGCCCUACCCUUUCACGGCCCCCUCCCUUCCCUAUUAUCUCAACAUCAACCAAUCUGAGACUUACACACAAGCCAAUCAUGUACCUUGUGACUCUUUAGUACAGGAAGCAACCGACCCUCAGGGCUCACCCAGGCACCUCUCAUCAGUGUGGCCCUCUGUAGUCUAUGACAGAAUACUUAAUAAAUUCCUUUUCUAUUUUCAUCCUUUGUCUUCGGUAAAUUCUUUUACCACUUCCACACCAGCCCGCUGAAUCCCAUGACAAAUACUUAAUGUUGAUGACUCUAAGAACAUGAUUGUGUUAAUCAAAGCAACAAGCUUAAGCUAACUUUAAUGCCAGAUAUUGAUUUAAUACUGCAUAUUUCCCUGAUUACAUGAACCUGAUAUUCAUUCUGGCCAGAUUCUUUUAUAUUUUUGAGUAUUUAUAUAAAUGCUUAAUUUCCCUUAAGCCAAUUAAAUAGAGCUCUUUUACAAAUUAAUUUUGGCAGUAUCACACAUCUACAACAUAUGUACAGACACACAAAGAAACACUAGACCUCAUAGUUCCCAUCCAAAAUUUCAGCCCUGAAUCAGGUACAAUAUAAAACCCAUCAGUUAUAUAAGAGGUUGGAUUCAAAUUGAGUUUCUGGUAGAUGAAACAAAUCAAGGUCACCUAUGUAAAUGGUUAAACACUUUUUACUAAUAUUUAUGGAGAAGACACUUAAGAUUUCUAUCUGUUUUUGAUAAGUCAAGUUCCAAGUUACCUACCUCCUUCCCUAAAAGGUGAUGGAGAUAAGGGAGAAGACAAGGUAGCACAUUCACGUCUCAAGGGCAUUGGAGGAGAAAGGCAAGUUCCUCCAGGGUGAUUCUGGUCCCUAAGGCCAGAUUUUUUUUUCUCAGUACUUAAAAGCCUCCUAAGAUAACUACGGUGGGAGUGGUAAAAGGAUUGGUAGGGUUUGGAUUAUUACUGGAGCCACACCCUUGGCCCUGUAAAGACUAGAUUUCUAAGACAAGGAGUUUGUUUUCCUCAAAGAAUUGGGCGGCCACCUCAAUGAUAUAGAGGGGUUGACACACGCAUUCACCUAUGUUGGAUUGUUUUACUUUCCCUCAUUUAGAUUAGGGGAGAAGGCCUCCCCCAAAAUUCCUAGCAGACUCUGAAUAUCAGCUGUGGUCAAUUUAGUAAGAUUGGUAGCCUCCCAUUUUGGUAAUCUAUUUACAAAUAUUUUUGAGGAUCCUCUGUGGGUUUAAGAAGUUCUCUAACUAUGGCCCUCACUUCAGGCCUUUGAUCUGAAGCGACCCACCGACAACCUCACAUGGUCCCAUUUCUAAAGGUAACCACUUAAUAGUGCCUUCUGAGUGGAAAGGCAAUUCAGAAAGUUAUUAGAAUGAGUACUCACAUAAAGAAUAGAGGGGAGCAGUAGUUAAAAUUUUAGGUACCUUUUAUAUCAUUACUUUCAUUAGCCUUCUACAACAAAUCUUUCAAUGAGGCUAUUUUGGAAUUUUGAAGCCUUUGGGACUUCCACGUAUCAAUUAAAAUAGGUGUAAUAAAUAGCUUAAGAUGAGAGCUCUCUAAAGUUUUAACAAUUUAGAUGUUUCCCCAAUUCAAAGGAUCUAUGGAACUAGCCCUACAAAUAUUUUGCCCUGCUUAUCUAGUUUUAGAAAAGAGAUAAAUAUUUACCAUGGUUGUUUCCAUAGACCUUGAAGGCACAGACAACUGCUGGCUUUAAUUGUGGGGUCAAAAUUCAACUCUGGGAGGUCAAAAGAACCCCACCUUGGCCAUUUCAGGGCCCGAUUUUCUUUAGUUCCCAAUUGAGUACUUGCAAUCACACAUAAACCCAGCUGGUAUUCCCAUAGGUGGCUCUUGGCACGGGAGCUGCUUGGCUUUUGAGGCACAAUUCCUGUAUUAAUUUCGUAGCCUAAUGUAGAUAUGAGAUGUGACCUGAACAACUUUGUGAGGACAGUGUGGGGAUCACACAAGUGCUGCUUCUGCAUCUAACUCCCCAAAGAGUUACCCUUUGGUAGUUUCGACUUCUUUCACGUAGCUCGGUUUCUGCCAAUUACAGCCUGAAACCAUCAUGGAUGCUCAGAGUGCCAGGCAACGGGCCUCUGUCUCACCCCCCUGGUGAGCAGUACUUACG